UUCUGAGUCUGGGGUCCCCCUGGUUUACAGUCUUAUCAGUUGCAAAGUCCAGGUUGAUCUUCCUGGAAGUGGUACCUAUAGUUUCUUGGUAGCCCAUCAAUUAGUGUGAGUGGUGAGGUUUGUUUCUUGUCAUGGUCUCUAUGUUUGUUUUGUCAGGUCUGUGUCUCAGUAUAAUUUGUCUGGUUUUCCCUUUUUCCCUUGGGUUUCCCAAUUGACAAGGGCUCUGAUCAGAUAACCUUGCUGGAAUAAACAUUCUCACACUCCCACAUAGGCCCAUCAGUUAGUGUGACUGACCAUGUUUGGUUCUGAUCACUGCUUCCCUCACAAUUUACUGGUCAGGUUUGUGUCCCCAUAUGUUCUUGAUUUAUGGCUUCCUCCCUUCUUGCAUUGAAAAAGGCCUUUGACCAGAUGCCCUUAAAGGAGCAGACAUUCUCCUCCCACAUACCUUUCAAACUUGUUAAGGAAAUUACCAUAUGCAAGCUCAGGCCAGUUAGGAUUUUGUAGAUAUUGUGCUACGAUUGACAUUAAACCACCACUUUCCCAAAAACAAAACAACGGUAUAUGAAAUCUCACUCUUUCCCCUAAAUUAAGAGUAGGCAAACAUUUGUUGUCUUAUCAAAGUCUACUUUACUGUUUAAAUGAAAAGUGUUAAUGUUAUGCUGAAUAUUUUCUUACCAUUCUCUUGCAUUCUGUUAUUUGUCUCUGUAUGUCUGCUGUCUUUUGUCUCUUCCCUGAACUGGAGGCUGUCUGGAGUUCAGCUCAUCUCGUGCUCUUGUACAAUGAGACCAGCUGUAUGCCUGGAACUCAGACGUGCUACAAUAGGCAGAGAAUACAAUUUUUAAAGGGCUUAAAUAGCAGUCUAAAAAUACCAGGAUGGUGCUUUUAUUAUUUGAAGUUACCAAGCUGGCACUUUAAGUAUAUGAGCUUUGUACAAAUUUUUUGAGCAGGAAUGCCUGAGGACAGGCCAUCUGAAUUAAUGAUGACUCAGGGAGUGCCACACAUAUCUAGGUGUCUUGAAGAAGCAUGUUCAUUAUUCAGUACAUCCUAUAAAGAAGUACUUGACACUAGUAACACCUAAGUUAUUUCUGAAAUUUCUGGAGUCAUGGCUAAAGCUGACAUCAAACCAAAAUCUAUGCAUUAUGCCAAAAAAUGGUCAGAUGAUGUAGAGAACUUACACAGAUUUCAGCAAGCUGGAUACAGAGAUGAGGUUGAAUAUAAACAAGUAAAACAAGUUGAUAUGGUAGAGCAUUGGCCAGAAACUGGAUUUGUUAAAAAACUUCAGAGAAGGGACAAUACGUUCUAUUAUUACGAUAAGCAAAGAGAAUGUGAAGACAGAGAAGUCCAUAAAGUGAAAGUUUAUGUGUAUUAGUUUGUUUAUUGUUCUAAUUUGUUUGUAUCUUCUUACAAACCUGUUUGUUAGAAUAUGUAAGUAAAUGAGAUCGUGUAACCUAACUUACUUACUAGUCACCUUAUUUAGACUACAUGGAAAUUUCUUAAAUUUGUAUGAGCUCUGUUAGAGAAAUGACUGAAAACUACUCAGAAGCAACA